AUGUGGCAUCCUGAUGAUUUUGUGUUUGAACCUGGUCAAACACCAUUGACAUCAUUAAAGUUUCUUGUGUUUAUUUCGAUCGUUCAUUUAGCUUUGACAUUUGCUUUAGAAAUCUUUAUGAAUAAUCGCAAUAAACCAAUAAACGUGCGUCGUAUUCAACGUUACAAUAAUUUACUAAUCGGCAUAUUUUCAGCGUUAAUUUUUGUAUUAAUUAAUACAAUUGCAUAUCGAGAUGGUCGAUUUGUUUCUUUGGAUCGAUUAAUAUGUCAUCGACCAACUCCAAAAGGUGCAUAUGCUCUACUCUGGUAUAUUUUCUAUUUAAGUAAAUUAUGGGAAUUUAUAGAUAUUUACUUAGUCAUUUUAAAUAAAACUCCCGUACUUAUGCAUUUUCGUUGGCAUCAUCAAACAACACCAUCAGUAGUAUUAGCUGGUUUACUUGGUGAUGUUUCAUAUGAAUGGCCAACAAUCGUUUCUAAUUCACUUUUACAUACAUUUAUGUAUCCACAUUUUGCUGAUGUUUGGAAUGUUUCUAAGAUUCUUUUGGUGUUAGGUGCUUCUCAAUUAAUCAUUGGCCUCGGUUGUAGUGUCUAUGGAUUAUUAGUUGGCUGUAGUGGAUCAUUUUAUGCUCAAAUAUGGGGUAUUGUCAUGUAUAUCACUUAUGCUAUAGGUUAUCUUAAUGAAUAUUUUCAUAUAGUUGAUCGAUUCAAACUUUUAACUUCAACUUAUUGUCGUUCUUCAAAAACGCUUUAA